CUUCCUCCGCCACAGACUGACACACAUCCACAGAUAUGGCUCUGUGAGAAGGCACAUGGUGGCGGCUAACCAUGAACCAAAAAAUACAUCACCAAAAACAGUUCAUGCAUCAGUAGCAACCCGAUUUCGUUUAUUUUUUGGGGGGGAUUCAACCAUUGCAACAACUGCACUAGACAUACAAUUGGUUUGCACUGUUACGGGGAGAGAAGCUAGCAAGCAACUUGGAACCCCUCCUCGCUUUUCUCCAGUUUUACUGAGCUAUUUUACUCGGUUUUUAAACAGUUUUUUUGGUUGCAAUCGCUCUUUUUAUUUAAUUUUUAAAGACAGUCAUCAUGGGUGUGCAAGGUUUCCAAGAAUACAUAGAAAAGCACUGCCCUACUGCCGUGGUACCCGUGGAGCUCCAGAAGCUAGCCCGGGGCAGUCUGGUCGGAGGAGGCAGGCAGAGACCACCACAGAGCCCGCUACGACUGCUGGUUGACGCGGAGAACUGCCUCCACCGACUCUACGGGGGUUUCUACACCGACUGGGUCAGCGGCGGGCAGUGGAACCACAUGCUUGGCUACCUGGCUGCCCUCGCCAAGGCCUGUUUCAACGGUAACAUUGAGCUACUGGUUUGUUUCAAUGGCGCCAUGGAGAAAGGCCGUCUUCACGAAUGGGUCAAACGACAGGUGAACGAGAGACAGACAGCGCAGCAGAUUGUCAGCCAUAUCCAGAAUAAGGGGACUCCUCCGCCGAAGGUCUGGUUCCUUCCCCCAGUGUGCAUGGUCCAUUGCAUCCGGCUGGCCCUACUCAGGUUCCACAUUGGGGUUGUCCAGAGUAUCGAGGAUCAUCACUUGGAGGUGAUAUCUCUGUGCAGGGAGAACGGGUUCCACGGCCUGGUGGCGUACGACUCAGACUAUGCGCUGUGUAACAUCCCCUACUACUUCUCUGCCCACGCCCUGAAGCUGAGUCGCAAUGGGAAGAGCCUGACCACCUCCCAGUACCUGAUGCAUGAAGUGGCCAAACAACUGGACCUCAACCCCAACCGCUUCGUUAUCUUCGCUUCACUUUUAGGUAACCACAUACUGCCUGAUGAAGACUUGGCUGCCUUUCACUGGAGUCUCCUGGGUCCAGAGCAUCCGCUAGCAUCGCUCAAGGUGCGCGCCCACCAGCUUGUGCUCCCGCCGUGUGACGUGGUGAUCAAGGCAGUGGCCGACUACGUUCGAAACAUGACGGACUUCAGCGACCUGGAGGCCAUCGCUAACGACAUCUUCAGACACUCACAGUCCAGGACUGAUGACAAAGUUGUCCGCUUUAAGAAAGCAGUGGAGUACUAUUCAGCAGCCAGCAAGUCUCAACACUUCUCACCUUACCAAGUUGGACCAAACCAGACAGGAGGACCUGUGGUUUCUCCAGUAGCAGCAGUUCUGUCACACUACGCAGCUCCGCUGCCUCAGACGCUCAACAUUCCUCCCCUGUCGGGGAAACCUGGGGUCCAGCCUGCCUACACAGCCCCCCCGGUCGUAGAGCCUGGCCCGGGGGCUGGGGCUCAUGCUGGUCCUGGUGGUGACCCUGGUCUCAGUCCUGGUACUUGUGGUUCUGGUCUGGCUGUGGAGUCAGCAGUGGGGAAGACCCUGGCAGAGCAGGUGCCAAGCAGCUUCAGCAACAUUCCUCCUAAAGAGAAGCACACGCCGCUUUACGAGAGGUCUUCUCCCAUCAACCCCUCUUUUCCCCCGGGGGGCACGGCCGCCACCAGCCCCUCCUCCUCCACCACCACCACCUCCUCAGAGAACGAGGACAACGCAGGCUUCACUGCCAAUCAUGUAAGUGACCAUAAAGGAGGAUGGGACAGACCAUCAGAGAGCACAGCAGAGGGGGAACUGGGAGGAUGGGCCAAACCAUCAGAGAGCACAGCAGGGGGGGAGCUGGGAGACCAAACCAAGGCUAACCCAACGGUGACCUCUCCUGUGGCUCAGGGGUUAGAGGUCAUCAGUCAUCUGAAUGCCCAGAUCCCGUCUUUGCUGUCAAUGCCGACCAGGAACCACAUGGACAUCACUACCCCUCCACUCCCCAUGGUGGCUCCAGAGGUCCUCAGAGUGGCCCAACACAGACACAAGAAGGGCCUGAUGUACCCCUACAUCUACCACAUCCUUACCAAGGGGGAGAUAAAGCUGUCCGUCACCAUAGAGGAUGAGGCCAACCAGGAGCUCCCGUCAGCAGUGCAGCUGUUCAGACCCAUCCGACAGCAUGUCUACGGGGUUCUCUUCAGCCUGGCUGAAGCCAAGAAGAAGGCUGAGAGACUAGCCAUGAGGCGUAACCGUCUGCCUGAAUACCCCCCUGUGGCAGUGAAGGAGUGGGCGGCCUACAAGGGGAAGUCCCCCCACACCCCAGAGCUGGUGGAGGCUCUGCCCUUCAGAGAGUGGACCUGUCCAAACCUGAAGAAGCUGUGGCUGGGCAAGGCUGUGGAGGAUAAGAACGGCAGGAUGAGGGCCUUCCUGGCCUGUAUGAGGUCAGAUGCCCCAGCCAUGCUCAACCCAGCCUGCGUCCCCACACAUCUCCUGGUUCUCUGCUGCGUGUUGAGGUUUAUGUUACAAUGGCCAGGAGUACGGGUUUUGCGUGGUAAGGAACUGGACGCGUUCCUCGCCCAAGCACUUUCUCCUAAACUGUAUGAGCCUGAACAGCUGCAGGAACUCAAGAUUGAUAAUCUGGACCCCCGCGGCGUGCAGCUGGCUGCUCUGUUCAUGAGCGGCGUGGACAUGGCCUUAUUGGCCAACGAUGUGUGUGGCCAGCCAAUCCCCUGGGAGCACUGCUGCCCGUGGAUGUACUUUGACGGCAAGCUGCUGCAGAGCAAACUGAUCCGGGCCAUUCGGGACAAGGCCCCGCUCAUCGACCUCUGUGAUGGUCAGGUGGAUCUGGUGAACAAGGUGAAGAAAAUGCGUCAGAGCAUCCUGGAGGGGCUUAACUUCUCGCCACCUCCUCCCCCCCACCCCCACGCCAUGCCUUUCUACCCCCCAGGGGGGGCCUUCUACCCCCCGCCCCACAUGAUGCCACUGCAGGGCAGGAGCAGGAGCAUGGGCAUGCCUCUUGGUCCGUGGUCUGCAGGUCUGCCAAGCAUGUCCAGCCAGGGCGGGAAGCUGGAGAUAGCAGGCACGGUGGUGGGCCAGUGGGCUGGCAUCAGACGAGGCAGAGGAGGCUUCCCCAUCCAGGUGGUCUCUGUCGGGGGACCAAACAGAGGGCGUCUGCGGGGUGUGAUCUCCACUCCUGUCAUCAGGACCUUCGGUCGAGGAGCCAAAUUCCCCCUCAGAGGCUUCAAGAGCCAGGGAACAUACCAGGUGGGACACGGGACAUACCAGAGUAAGCCUACCUACUCCAUAGCCAGUGAGGUGAAGGAGAGGAAGAAGUUGAAGACGGAGGAGAAGGAGAAAUCUCCCGUUAUGCUGUCUUCUGACGGGUCCACUACCGAGAACGGACUGGAGGAGAGAGAGGAGGGGGGACUGGAGGAGCGGGAGGAGGAGGAAGAGGGACUUGAGGAGGGGGGAGUGGAGGAGGGAGUGGAGGAGAGUGAGGUAGAGCAGUUGAAAGGUCAGGUCAUGGAGGUGAGAGAAAGCAGGGCUGUGAAUAUUCAACCAGAAAGUGCCUUUAGCAGCAACCCCAAGAUGUGCAAUACUAACCCCCGCCUAAAUGCACUAAAUGCAGACGGCGCCUGUCUCAGAGACGCAGCAGAACCUCUGAGCGCAGCCGCCUCUGUCUUACAAACAGAAGAGUAAAAAAAAAAAAGUUUUUUUUUUGUAGAGAGGGUGAAGAACGAGUGAGAGGAUGUAAGGAAAUCUACAGUCACUGUUCCAUAUUGUACGCAUUCCAAACAGCUCCCUAUAUAGUGCAGUAGUUUUGACCAGAGCCCUCAGGGUUAUACUUCCCAUAGGCCUCUGGUCUAAAGUAGUGCACAACAUUGGCAAUAUGGUGCCAUUUGGAAUACAUCUAUGAGAACAUUAAAUUCAGACCCCCUUUUUCGAUGAUGUCAACCAGAUAAACCCCCCCCCCCCCCCAUAAUGAUGAGGAUUUCUUCUUUUUAACAAGAGAUCUGAGCAGACCAGUACUAAACAGAAUAAAUACUACCAGUCACUAAAUACUGGGCCAGUCACUCCACUCUCUCUCCACUGAUAUCGACAUGAUUACUAUCGUGAUAUGACCAUGGUUUGUGUAACAAAUGUAUUCCCUAUAUAUAUAUAUAUAUAUAUAGUGCACUACUUUUGACCAGGCACCCAUAGGGUUGAUAACUGGGCUCUGGUCAAAAGUAGUGCACUAUGUAGGGAAUAGGAUGCAGUUUGAGAAGCAGGCCAUGUCUGACUGGGUACUUGUAUCCCUUUGAGAUAAUACUGAAGCCGAAACUACAAUGCUUUUGUCUCUUCUAGUUCCUUUAUAGGUUAAGAUGCACCAGCAGUAUGUACUUGGCGCCAUAUAUUUGCCAUUGUAACUUUGUUGUCACAGUAAAUAACGUUUUGAGAGUUUUAACAACAGAGAAGCAGAUGGAGUCACAGAAUGCUUCCCCAAUGGCACCCUAGUCUGUAUAUAGUGCACUACUUUUGAAGUGGAUAGAUGAAAAUUUGAAAAUUUAAAAACAACCACACGUGGAUAAUGCAUUUAAAAAAUCAUGAAAACGUAUUCCCAUUUUGGUCCCCUUUAAAUAAAUACAACAAGUAAUUGAAAAAUAAAACUUGGUUACAAUAGUAGCUACUAGCUAGAUCAGUCUGAUUAGAUCAGCGAAAUCAGUUUUUUAUUUAUUUGAUUUUUUUAUUAUUUAAUUUAGAUCAAGUCUGAGUUCUUCUUGAAGCUUCCAGCAUAUGGUCAUGAGGAUCUGGAAGUUCAUAGCUGUACAGUAGAUUGUCAGAGGAGGUGUUGGUGGCUGGUCAGAGGAGGUGUUGGUGACUCUGGUCAGAGGAGGUGUUGGAGGCUGGUCAGAGGAGGUGUUGGCGACUCUGGUCAGAGGAGGUGUUGGCGACUCUGGUCAGAGGAGGUGUUGGCGACUCUGGUCAGAGGAGGUGUUGGCGACUCUGGUCAGAGGAGGUGUUGGCGACUCUGGUCAGAGGAGGUGUUGGCGACUCUGGUCAGAGGAGGUGUUGGCGACUCUGGUCAGAGGAGGUGUUGGCGACUCUGGUCAGAGGAGGUGUUGGCGACUCUGGUCAGAGGAGGUGUUGGCGACUCUGGUCAGAGGAGGUGUUGGCGACUCUGGUCAGAGGAGGUGUUGGCGACUCUGGUCAGAGGAGGUGUUGGCGACUCUGGUCAGAGGAGGCGUUGGCGACUCUGGUCAGAGGAGGCGUUGGCGACUCUGGUCAGAGGAGGCGUUGGCGACUCUGGUCAGAGGAGGCGUUGGCGACUCUGGUCAGAGGAGGCGUUGGCGACUCUGGUCAGAGGAGGCGUUGGCGACUCUGGUCAGAGGAGGCGUUGGCGACUCUGGUCAGAGGAGGCGUUGGCGACUCUGGUCAGAGGAGGCGUUGGCGACUCUGGUCAGAGGAGGCGGUGGCGACUCUGGUCAGAGGAGGCGGUGGCGACUCUGGUCAGAGGAGGCGGUGGCGACUCUGGUCAGAGGAGGCGGUGGCGACUCUGGUCAGAGGAGGCGGUGGCGACUCUGGUCAGAGGAGGCGGUGGCGACUCUGGUCAGCAUGUCCAAGGGCAGGUAGGGAGUCCCAUGUCAUCAAGGCAUCCCUGUAAUCUGCAUCUUCUCCCUCUGUAUUGGGGCUCUGCGAUGAAGUUUAAUCUUCCCUCAGAGGACAGUCCACAAGCCGUCCCACUGACAACUCGGCGUGCAUAGCCUACAGUCCUCCUCUUGGGUCACCGUUGGUGGAAAACCAGCCAUGACUCUGGUCAGAGGAGGUCCCACUGACAACUCGGCGUGCAUAGCCUACAGUCCUCCUCGUGGGUCACCGUUGGUGGAAAACCAGCCAUGACUCUGGUCAGAGGAGGUCCCACUGACAACUCGGCGUGCAUAGCCUACAGUCCUCCUCUUGGGUCACCGUUGGUGGAAAACCAGCCAUGUCACCCUUUAUUCAAGUCAGUAUUCGACGUCCAUCUAUGUCUGAGGACGUCGAGAGAUGACAGGGAAACUGACCACUAGGGGCAACAGUGAGCGCUGUUACCUUCAAGUAGGUUUCAGUGCUGCCUCGGGUGGGGAUGGUGGAUGGGCGUAAACUUGAUUCAAAAGGUUGCAAGGUCGAAUCCAGCGAUAGAAAGUUGUUUUUGAUAUUUUAGUUUUAAGCCUACCCUAAACCUUUACCCUUUCCAUCCAGAGUUAAUGCCUAAAGUUCACCUUAAACGCUUCAGAAAGAAUGGAUAAACGUCUACUUGUGAUGCGAGACUGAGAGCUAGUUGGGAAAACAACCCAAAACCAGUCGGUUCAAUCUGAAUAAAAAACCUGCUAGCUAGCGUUUUAAUGCAUUUAUGGGAAGGAAUCGAAUUCAUGAUAUCAAGACUUGAUCUGCACUCAUGUAGUUAUUGAAAAAAACAAAACAUUUGUAAAAAAAAAAAAUAAUAAAUAUAUAUAUAUAUAUAUAUAAAACCGAUUUAAAUGUGUACAGAAUUUACAUGAGCUCUCUGCCUAGGCUGCCAUUAGGCGCCACGGCAACUAUAGAUUGAAAGUAAUGAUAAUUGAUUCAACAAUAAUAGGUAUUCAAUUACAUACAGAAAUGUUAGUGCUGUAGAGAAACAACAAAAAACAUCAUCAUCAUGAGUAGAUUGAAGGUUGAGAAAGUUCAUGCCUUGAGUGAGGUCAGCGGAGGCAGGUGGUGGUUAAAAGAGGAGAGAAGGCAGCACAUUGUCAUCAUGGUGUCUUUGCCAUCCAUGUUUUCUGUGGCUUCGAAGUAGGACUCAGUCAAAUUAAGUUAGUUGGACUAGCUAGCUAGCUACUGCUACCAAAAUACAGCGCCCACUUGGGUGAUGCUAUUUCAGUCAAGAGGCGCAAGAAAGCACAACACGCUUCGAUAGUAAUCCAGGAGUAGCCUUACCAUUUGUUUACAUCGUGACGUAUUUCAUUACGCCAUACUUCAUUUCAAUAUCGCUACAGGAUGGAGUGAAGUGGAGGAUUUCACAAUGCAAGACUAGAUGGAGAGCCUAGUGUCUCGUCAGGGAUUGAAUUGAUUUCGGGAGAUUGUAAAAUAUGGCCUUUUCAUUCAAGACAGGGGAAACAUGGUUUCAGUUGAUAAUAAAACAUGUUUUGUUGAGUAAAUUUUUCCUCAACUUGUUAAAUCAAGCUAGCUUACACCACAGCUAGCUAGCUAAAAUAUACGCUAUACUGUAGCUAGCGACCUCCACCUAAAAAAACAAACGUCAUUACCAUCAUAAAAACUAAACCCAUUGGCUGUGGUUUAGUAACUACGUGUUCUUCGAGGAACUGAAGACGCAGUUUGGAAAUAUUCAAAGUAUGCAGUGUCUAUCUCGCAGCGGAGCCAUUAACCUCAAGGGGGCGAUGCGAUUCCACUCCGCCAUGGACGCUCCCCAUUCAAAUGAAUGACAUCAGGCCCAAUGCUUACGGUUAAUGUGAAUGGGGCACUAGUCCUCCAUACAGUCAUGGCCAUCUGUCAUCUCUGUGCACGUCUGUAUUCGGGCUUCUCUCCAUCCUCAACCUCCGGACAGUUGGCGUAAUUUAAUCAAAACAUUGCAUGCUAGCCAGCUAACAUUAUCUAGCCAAAAACUAACCGCCAACUUCAGUCUUGAAAAUGUGCUGGAUUCAAACUAUUCAGACUACAAUAAUAAGCUAAAUCAAUAGUUAAUUCACAAAUGUUUGUAGGGAAAAUGCUAUACAAACAGUUAAUUAUUACAAAUAUUUACAAAAUGUACAGGAGCUCUCUGCUUAGGCUGCUACUAGAGCACCAUGGCAACUAUAGUAGUGCACUAUAAAGAAUAGGGUGCCAUUUGGUACAUAUACACAGUCCUCCCUUGGUCCUCCCAGUCCUCCCAUGGUCAUCCCAGUCCUCCCAUGGUCAUCCCAGUCCUCCCAUGGUCAUCCCAGUCCUCCCAUGGUCAUCCCAGUCCUCCCAUGGUCAUCCCAGUCCUCCCUUGGUCCUCCCAUGGUCCUCCCAGUCCUCCCUUGGUCAUCCCAGUCCUCCCUUGGUCCUCCCAUGGUCCUCCCAGUCCUCCCAUGGUCCUCCCAGUCCUCCCAUGGUCAUCCCAUGGUCAUCCCAGUCCUCCCAUGGUCCUCCCAGUCCUCCCAUGGUCAUCCCAGUCCUCCCAUGGUCAUCCCAGUCCUCCCAUGGUCAUCCCAGUCCUCCUUUGGUCAUCCCAGUCAGAGCCAGUAGGAUAUAUAAAUGUACUGCCUUCAGGAACUAUUCACAUCACUUGCCUGUUCCACAUUUUGUUGUUUCAGCCUGAAUUUAAAAAUAGAUUCAAUUGAAAUGUUUUGUCUCUGGCUUACACACAUUACCCCAUUAUGUCAAAGUGGAAUUAUGUUUUAUUUUGAUUUUUAAUGUUUACAAAUUUGUUAAAAAUGAAAAGCUGAAAUGUCUUGAGUCUAUAAGUAUUCAACCCCUUUGUUAUGGCAAGCCUAAAUAAGUUGCAUGGACUCACUCUGUGAAAUAGUGUUUCAUGAUUCGUUUUUUUUUUUACGAAUACCUCAUUUCCCCACACAUUCAAUUAUCUGUAAGGUCCACAGGAGGUUGGUGGCACGGGCUCGGAUGGAUGGAGCAAAAUACCUGGAAUGGUCUCAAAUACAUGGUUUCCAUGGUUUCCAGGCGUUUGAUACCAUUCCAUUGGCUCUGUUUCAGCCAUUAUUAUGAGCCGUCCUCCACUGGUAAGGUCCCUCAGUCGAGCAGUGAAUUUCAAACACAUAUUCAACCACAAAAACCAGGGAGGUUUUUCAAUGCAUCGCAAAGAAGGGCACCGAUUGGAAAAGGGGUCAAGAAACAAAAUGGAGACAUUGAAUAUCCCUUUGAGGGUUAGGGUUAGCCUGGUGAAUUCCACUUUACAUCCAGUCACUGCAAAGAUACAGGCGUCCUUCCUAACUCAGUUGCCGGAGAGGAAGGAAACCGCUCAGGGAUUUCACCAUGAGGCCAAUGGUGACUUUAAAACAGUUUAAUGGCUGUGACAGGAGAAAACUGAGGAUGGAUCAAGAACAUUGUAGUUACUCCACAAUACGAACAUAAAUGACAGUGAAAAGAAGGAAGGCAAUGUUACCGUUUUGGUUUAAAUUGACCCGGAAAUCUAUGGCAAGACAUACAAAUGUCUGUCUAGCAAUGAUCAACAACCAACUUGAAGAAUUUAAAAAAGAAUAAUGUGCCAAUAUUGUACAAUCCAGGUAACCAAAGCUUUUAGAGAUGUACCCAGAAAGACACACAGGUGUAAUCACUGCCAAAAGUGAUUUAUAACGUGUAUUGACUCAGGGGGUUGAAUACAUAUAUCUAAUCAAUAUAUAUUACUGUUUUCUUUUCCAUAUAUAUUUUUUUUUACAAAUGUUAGAAUUGUUCUUCCACUUUGGCAUUAGAGUAUUUUUUGUAGAUAGUUGACAAAAAAAAGAAAUAAUUCACAAUUAAAAUCUAUUUUAAUCCCACAUGGUCACAAACCAAAAUGUGGAGAAAGUCUAGGGGUGUGAAUACUUGCUGAAGGCACUGUAUGCUAUAUACCAUUAGGUCCUAUACGUAUAUUAACGUAUAUACAAGGUUAUAUUUAUAGGGCUCUGAUCACAAUGGUUCCUAAUUGUGUUCAGAUCUGCAGACGUUGUUUAAAUGAUUAAUUACUGUUGUAGAUUAAAACCCCUGCAUCUUUAUUUACCUAGCCUAUAUGUUAUACUUUAGCUAUUAUAAAAAUAAACAUUUCAAUAAAUAAACAGUUAUUUAAAAACAAAUCAAAAAAUAUGCUAAAAAGAUCUUCAGCCAACCCUGAUGUGUGUCAAACCGCCAUGCGUCAGCGAACAAUGUGGUUUCCUUGACGAUCAAACAUAGUUACUACUAUCCGUUUCAACUCAACUUUCUGCAUGGUUCCACCAUUUUUAAACGGUGCCUAUUUAUGAUGCAUGUUGUCCCCCCCCCCCCCAUCCUGACAUGGAGAACUGAGGCCGCUGGCUCGUCUUAAUGCACAGGUUAACAGUGAGUCAAUGCGUUACCAAGCUGGUAUAACGGUUAUAGUCACCAUUCAAAUGAUCUACUCUUAACCUUUUUUUUAAAUGUAUCGUGAUAUUGAAUUUAAUCAACAACAACAACAAACUAGACUACAUGUAUCUAUUCUAGCCAACUUUGAAUGGUGUUAAUCCUGGUGUUCUACUCCUUACUGUGCUCUGUUGCCGUUUUCUGCUACAUUGAUAUUAGUAACACAUCUCUCUGGAUUCUCUUAACUAUGGAACUAUAUUCCCUAUGUGAUGCACUACUUUGGAAUGCUGGGAAAUUAAGCAUCAUCUUUAUAAAAAAAAAGUUUUUUUUUUUUUUUAAACAUAAUGACUUUUACUGUUCUCUGUUGCCAGGGGGACAGAGUUGUGAUAUGGGUCUGGUGGGGACUCUGGAAAGUAGUGUUCCUAAGGGUCAAAGGUAAUGCAAUGCAUUGGGAACAAGGUACCUUUUGAGACGCAGGCAUAUAAAAUAAAAACCAUGUUUAUAAAAAGCUUUUGAUUUGAACAAGCCCCUUUUAUGUAGCUGAGAUGUGAUGGCACGAUGCCUGCCCCUCAGAGAGACUUUAGCAUCAAGUACAUUUGGAUGUUUACUUUUUAGUGUUUAACUCAAGACUUAUUGUACUUCUGUUUACCAGAAUCAUUAAUAACUACUUUUUCCAUGUAAUACUCCUGAAGCUUUUCGUCCCACUUUAGUGAACAGAGAAACGGUGUACCCCCAGUCCCCCCCCCCCCCUGCAAGAGCUAUAUAGGAUAUCAGUAUGUAAGAGCUAUAUAGGAUACCUUGACGUAAGUUGACAAGAAUUUUCUGCCUAACUCAAAUGGGUUGUAAAAGAAUGGACUACGGUUGGGUUGGAGAUUGUUGAUGAUUGAGUGUGGUGUAUUUGAAGGCAAUUGAAUGCAACUUACAAAGCUUAAUAAAAUUAUAUUAUUUUAGUAUAA